AUGCCUUACGCCGCUGGGCUCUCCGGCUUCCCUCCCACCGUGCUGCUUGGCCUGCUGGCCUGCCUUCCACAGGUUGCAGCCUUCUGUGAUUCCAACACCUGCCCUCCUGGAUACGAGUGCUGCUACUACACCUGCUGCCAGAUAGAGGAGCCCUUCAGUUCCGUGAAGGACUUCCUGCUGGGGGUUCCCGUGGACUUCCUGCUGGUGGCUCCCGUGGACUUCCUGCUGGGGGUUCCCAUGGACUUCCUCCUGGGGGGUUUCGUGGACUUCCUGCUGGGGACUCCCAUGGACUUCCUGCUGGGGCUCUCAUGGACUUCCUGCUGGCUCUUCAUCACUGCCACCCUCUCCAUUGGUCUCUUACUGUGUCUCUGUGGCGUGGUCAAGAGGUCCUGUUGCAAAUGCAAGGACCCGGAGCCGGAGCUGGACCUCACAGUGGAUUAUAGCAUGGCCCCAGAGAUGACGUACCCCAGACCACCCCCGGAGAUCAGGGCGCCCUUCCCUGAGUACCCACCUCCCUACCACGAGGUCAUUCUGACGCCUGACCAGGGCCUGCCCCACAGAGAGCCGCCCCCACCCUAUAGCUUCAGGCCUGAAGGAUGCUGGGGUACACGCAGGGGCAUUGACAACCCCGCCUUCUGA